AUGGCAGCACAGUCGAAACCAGUCCAGAAGCUCACCCCCUUCGCCUCUGCCUUGGCUGGUGCCCUCGGUGGUUGCUUUAGCACUGCCGUCGUUUACCCCCUAGACGUUGCCAAAACUCGUAUCCAGGCUCUGCCAUCUGAUGCGAAAGGGAAGGGCAAGGACGACCUAUCUGUAAGCCAUGUAUUGUAUCGCAUCUUCCAGAAAGAGGGUCUCUCCGGCCUCUACCGUGGAUUCGGGGCGACGAUGCUGAACACCUUCUCCAUGCAAUAUGCCUAUUUCUUCUUCUACUCCUUCGUCCGAGGCUCGUACAUCACUCGCAUAACACGAAAGCUUCCCCCCGGAGCAAAGGUACCCGCACUAUCGACCGCCGCAGAGCUAGCCAUCGGUGCAAUUGCAGGCGCACUAGCUCAGAUAUUCACCAUCCCCGUAUCCGUGAUCGCAACUCGUCAACAAGUCGGGCGAACUGACAGGAAGACUCCUGGCGCCGAACCGAUAGAUGCGGAACCGGCCAAAGAUAGCGACGAUUCAUUCUUGGGCGUCGCCCGUGAAAUCGUCGAGGAAGAAGGCGUCACUGGAUUGUGGCUAGGAAUUAAGCCCGGACUUGUCUUGACUGUUAAUCCCGCCAUCACGUACGGCGUCUUUGAGCGCCUCAAGAACGUCGUGCUUGCCGCCCAGCAGGCUACUAGCUCGAAAUUGUCGCCGUGGACGACGUUCGUUAUCGGUGCUUUGAGCAAGACCCUUGCCACCGUGGUCACUUACCCAUACAUCAUGGCGAAAGUCCGCAUCCAAGCUCGCUCGGCAGAUAAGGAGGACGCAGAGCUUCACCACUACGAAAACCCUGAGCCACACCACUUCCACCAUGAGAAGCACAAGCACGUUGGCGCCCUAGAAAUCCUUGGGCGAGUUUGGAAGCGGGAAGGAUUCUUUGGCUGGUAUCAGGGUAUGCAAGCGCAGAUUACAAAAGCAGUCUUGUCCCAGGCCCUCUUGUUCAUGUCAAAGGAACAGUUCGAGCACUGGGCAGUCGCAAUAAUGAUACUAUUUGCGCGCUUUGCGCAUAGAAGCUAG